AUGUCCAGCUACGCACGCUCAAUCAACUCGGUUGGAAACCGUCUGGGCUCCCAGAGAGCUCCCAGCAUGUAUGCUGGUGCCGGAGGCUCAGGGGUCCGCAUCUCCAGCGCAAACGUUUCCAGAAACUAUUCUCUUGGUUCCAGUGCUGGGGCCAGCGCUGGCUUCAACCUGGCCGAUGCUGUCGACAUCUCAGACAACAAGAAGAUGGCCAUGCAGAACCUGAACGACCGCCUGGCAUCCUACCUGGAGAAGGUGCGCAAGCUGGAAGAAGCCAAUGCUGAUCUGGAGCUGAAGAUCAGAAACUUCCUGGAGAGCAAAACUAAACCUCAGGCCCACAACUUCAGUGCAUUCAGCGCCACCAUCAGCGACCUGCAGAACAAGAUCUUAAUAGCCACCAGGAGCAACGGCUCUCUCUACCUGUCAGUCGACAACGCCAAGCUGGCUGCUGACGACUUCAAGGUUAAGUACGAGAACGAGCUGACCAUGCGUCAGUCCGUGGAGGCCGACAUUGCUGGGCUGAAGAGAGUCCUGGACGAGCUGACCCUGGGAAGAUCUGAUCUGGAGAUGCAGAUCGAGGGCCUGAAGGAGGAGCUGAUCAUCCUCAAGAGAAACCACGAGGAGGACCUGCUUGCCAUGAGGGCCCAGGUGGGAGGUCAGGUGAAUGUGGAGGUUGAUGCUGCUCCUCAGGCAGACCUCAGUGCUGUCAUGUCUGGAAUCAGAGAACACUACGAGGCUGUCGCUACCAAGAGCCGCAGAGACCUGGAGAGCUGGUUCCAGGCCAAGACUGAAGAUAUCAAUAAGGAGGUCGCUGUGAGCACAGAGACUCUUCAGUCUUCACGCUCCGAAAUCACAGAAGUCAAACGCACUGUGCAGGGACUGCAGAUCGAGCUCCAGUCUCAGCUCAGCAUGAAAGCAUCUCUUGAAGGAACCCUCGCUGAAACCAACAACCGCUACGCCACCAUGCUGGCAGGGUACCAGAGGCAGGUGAUGGCUCUGGAGGAACAGCUUGGCCAGCUGAGAGCCGACCUAGAGCGCCAGGGUCAGGAGUACCAGGUGCUGCUGGACAUGAAGACCAGACUGGAGCUGGAGAUUGCGGAGUACAGAAGGCUGCUGGAUGGAGAGCUGACAACACCUCUCGCCUCCACCACCACAACAACAACUAAAAGAGUUGUAAUCAUCACCAAAGAGGUCGUCGACGGGGAAGAGAUCAGCUCUGAAACUACAGUGGCUUAAUGAAACAUCAAACAUAUACAUCAGCACUUAACGAGCCGUUCUCAGA